AUGUGGCCUAAACUUCAACUGCUAGCAGCGUCGGCCGUUGUCAUUGGCAUCUGUCUGCUGGCUACAGCCAAAGUAACCCACGCAUCGACAUCCACUGGCAGCACCACCACCCUGCCGCUGCCCCUGCAACCGCCCGCAACACCACAGAAUGCGACAACGCCAACGAGCAAAGACAACAGCGACAACUCCGAUGACGCUUUGACUGACAGUCUGGAGGCGGUGCUUAAUAAGCAGGCAGGAGCCAGAGCUCUGGAGGUCAAUGAUGAUCUGCCCCAGGCCAGUGAAGUGCUUAGGGAAGCGGAGCUGAAAGCAAUCGAACAGACAACGCAACAAUUUGUGGGAGUGCCUGGUUUUCUCCCCACUGUGUUACCGAAUCAAGAAGACAGCAGCAGCCUUGGGACACCUACAAAUGGACAUGGCUAUAUACAAUUUGAUAUCAAUGAAGAGCAGCCCAGGGAAAUUGUGAGUCGCAAUAGACAGCCCAAGUCGAAGAAGGACACAGUGAACGAGGUGCUCUUCAAUCUUUUUCCGAAUGGCUUCUCCGACAUCUUUCGCUAUAGCGGCAGUGAGGCCAACACAGAGGCAGUCACAGAUGAACCAAGCACAACAACAACAACAACUACAAAUAGCGCCGUGGUGCAUGCCACAACUGCGUUGGAGUCAAGUGUCCCAACAGAGCCCACAGCGUUACCGCCCAAGAAUGAGACCUAUUACAGCUACCAGACGACGGUAACGAAGGAGUAUCGACGCGAACUUCGACCAGGGCACACACAAAUUGUGGUGGAAAAGGUCAGCAGUGCUGAGCGAGAACCGUUUAGGGACGGCAGUAAUCACAUCUCUCGGGAUGAGCUGAUGCGCAUUAAUCGUGCCGCAGUCGCAUCUCCAGUUUUACCAAGUUUGCUGCUGCGUCCCCAGACCGAAGGUGAAGACAAUGAAACUCUCGUCGCCGCCGAGAGUGCACCCAUUGUCAUACUCGGCGAGGCAGAGCCCGAAUUCGAGGAUGGCCAGAGCAUUGAGGACAACCAGAUUGCAGAAACACGUCACAUGGAUCAGCAGCUCUACGAGCGUCGUCUGCCUGCCCCUGCUCUUAGCUCUGACUCUGUCUCUCAUACUAUUGAGAGCUACAACAGUCAGAAAGGUCCAGCCGAAAAGCAAGAAAUCAAUGUCCACAUUGUACACGACGAGUCGUUGGCAAAGAUACCAAAUGAACCCAAGUCCCAGGCUCAACAGCAACUAGAUCACUUCCAGGCUCACAGUGAACAGCGCUUCCAGCAGCACCAUCAAAUGCAAGAGGCACCGUCUAGGCAGUUUCUGAAAACUUUCAAGCCCAUAAUAUCUGAUAGUGCCAACGGGCCGAUACAGAAAGGCACCUUCCAUUACGAGGCCAACAAUCCAACCCAGCAACGCAUAAUUGCGAAGCCGCCUAAGGAAAUUGCCUAUGAGAGUCCGUUUAUUAGACCCGCUGCCCAAUUGAGCUAUCAGCAGGAGUCGAAUCUUCAGCAACCACAGUCUGAGUCGCAAAACCCACAAUCAAAGCUUAAUACACAAGCAAUUCCGUCGCCUUCUUCAAACAACGCUCCCACGCCUGCACCCAGCGAGUACUCCAAUUAUGGGGGACCCACACCCAGCAGCUUGCUCUAUGUGACGGUAAACUCCCAUAACCCGACACCAACUUCGCCGGCCCCUCAGCAUGCAGACGAGCAGCCGGUGCCGCAACUGCCCAGCCCACAUGAAUAUGUCUCUGAGGCAGCUGCGGAGCCCUCCCAGCAUAGUUUGCAGCACGCUGUUCCACCCAAGUCCAUUUCCAAUUUACAUUCUCAGCCUGAAACUCAGCUGUUGGUUAAGCCCAAUGGCUACACAUUCGUCGAAGUGCAAAAAUCGGUCAACAUCCACAACAAACUCAUUACGGAGAAGGAUGGUCGUUUGGUAGAGAUGCAUGAGACCAUUUACCAACCGCCGCCCUAUGACCAGAACUACUACAAGGCACCACCAUCACACCCAACUGCAACUAACUACGUCUCCCUAGCCGCGAAUCCCAUCAAUGUGGAGCAGGUGGAGAACGACAGCGCACCGCAAGAGGGCGCCAUAUCUCAUGCGACCAUUAACAUUGAUGUUCCUCAUCAUUCUGCUGGCCAUGUCUCAGCAGAUACACACUAUGAGGCACCACCAGUAACUGUGGUAGAGAAGCAUGUGCCGCAGCCGUAUGCGGUGCCGGUUGAAAAAAUCGUCGAGCGGCCCGUGAAGCAAAUUGUGGAGAAGCACAUCCCAGUGCCAUAUGCUGUGCCCCAGCCGGUGCCGGUCCCCGUACAUGUCGAACACUAUGUAGAUCGCCCCUAUCCAGUUGAGACCAUUGUCGAACAGCCAGUGCCUUAUCCCGUAGAGACAAUUGUGGAGAAGAUCGUAGAGAAACAGGUGCCCUUCGAAGUGGAACGCAUUGUUGAAAAGCCCGUCGAGGUUGAGAAGAUUGUUGAAAAAUACAUAGACCGUCCCAUGGCCAUACCCAUUCACGUGCCUGUCGCCAUACACAUGCCAAUGCCUCCUAACCACUCACCCGGCUUCAACUUCGCCAACCAUCCAAAUGCCCUGCAUCCCUGGACGCACGCCUCGGUUGCCCAUAUUCCACCAAAAGUUCUACAGAAUUAUUAUACGCGCAUGUUGAAAAAGCUUCUGCCACAGUUUACGGCACCAAAAGUAGCCACAAAAACUGCUGCCAAGACGACCGCAAAGACCACGGCCAAAGCGGUGCUUGUGAAGCCGCCGAUAAGGCCUGUGCGUGGCGAGGCGCCCAAGGUGGCUACCUUCAGCCUGGCGGACAUGCGCUUCGACCUGCGUCCCCCGCCGCCGCCGCUUGGCUCACCUUGGCUGCAGGGGGCACGCUAUAUAUACAAUACCCUACCGUCCGACUUGUCUGCUGCAGCUGCUUCGGCGCCCGCCCACAUGGUCAAGUCCUACAUUGGGCCCGUGCCCACGACCAGCACAACCAACGACAACAACGGCAGCGAAUUUGAUGAGUUCCAGCGCUGGCGCAAUGGCCACAGCCUCAAACGUAGUCCCGAAUUCGGGCGCAAUCUGCACAUGGAAUAUGGCUUCAAGCCGCCCUUGGUGCCGUCCGUAGAGAUCGAUGAUAAGGGCAUGCCCCUUAAGCAAGCGGAGCCAGAGGUGCAAUAG